UUCAGUUGGGCUACCCUCCCGGCCCAGCUGCUCGGCCCGCGCUCUCUACUUCCUUCUCAAGCGAAGCCGAACCCCUCUUCCUCCUCCGCUGAUCCUCCCAAACCCGCGCCCCGAAUCUGCUGCCGCCGCUGCGUCCGUCUCGGUUUUGCCCCUCCGGUGAAGAUGCUGUCAAGGAUCUCCCGCCUCGGCGUCCACGCCCUGAGCCGGGCGAGGCUAGGUCAAAAGUCAGUAACUUCAAGGAAUCAGGAAGAACCCAUCAGAGCCUGUAUGAACUAUGUGGGUAAUCGUUCUCUAUGUUCCGCCACGGAAGCUAAAGUCAAUGACAGGAGCGAACAGCCGAAAGCUAAGAUAUCUGUGACAUUUGUUGAUAAGGAUGGCGAUGAAACGGUUAUCAAUGUUCCGAUUGGGAUGUCAAUGCUGGAAGCUGCUCAUGAGAAUGACAUAGAACUUGAAGGAGCAUGUGAGGGCUCUCUUGCAUGUUCUACCUGUCAUGUGAUUGUAACGGACGUAGACUACUAUAACAAAUUGGAAGAUCCUGAAGAUGAGGAAAACGAUAUGCUGGACCUUGCUUUUGGCCUUACAGAAACAUCUCGCCUUGGUUGCCAAGUAAUUGCAAGCCCUGAACUUGAUGGCAUAAGAUUAGCACUGCCAGCAGCUACCAGAAAUUUUGCUGUUGAUGGGCAUGUCCCAAAACCACACUGACUAAGCACUGGAUGCUGAAACGUUGUUUUUGCCCCCAACUGCGUCUGAGAAGGAACGAAAGUGACCGAUGAUUCUCACUGGUUAAGAGGCAUCGGUUGAAGCUGCUAGAUUAAUUGCUACGUAAUCGGCGGUUGGUAAACCUUCAAUUCGUCGCAGCAUAGUUUACAUCGUUACGGGGGCCGUUCGCUGCUGGGCAGAUGAACCGAUCAGCUCCGCCGCCCAAGUCGCAUUCGGAUCGUGAUCGUACCACUUGUGAAGCUGAUUAAAGCGCCGACGCCACGUGACUACAGUAGGUCGUAUGUAUCAAUGUAUGUCGUGAGACGCCGUGCUCCCAUGACCGUAACGUGUCUGCCUCCUGUGGCGCAUGUCGGGAUGGAAAGGCUCGCUCAGGCGAUGAUGCUGACGCACUGUAUCGCGUACCGUCGAACCCCCAUGUGUCGCCGGCCUGUGGCUGCUGCCCUGAUGCCAUCACAGGUUUCCGCUGUUGCUAGGCAGUGCUACGGAGUACCAUCUUUUUGGCUGUGUGUGA